AAGCAAGCAUACUCCGCUAGUCUAACUAGCAAAACAAAGUGUAUACACCGCACCAAAUCCAACCUCCAGCCUCCACAUUAGCGGCAUUAGCCAGCACAUACAACAUUUGCCCUAGCCUCUCUUAUUCUCUCUCUCAGCCGUUCCACAAUCAACCACCACCAACAGCCCUCUCCUCCCUUUUAUUUCAUCACCGACGGCGUCCUCUCACCCUGAGAUCCAGACAUCAACAACAGACAUCGUGAGCUGUUCUGUUUGUUUUUAUCCUGUGAGGUCGUAGGGGGGAGUUGCAUAUAAGAUUUCCAAGAGAGAAGAUCAAGAAAUUGCUCCAACGCCUGGAGGUAAACACGUGAAAUUGCUUCUGCACUAGAGAAGCUAGAAGACCGAUAAAAUUGAUAACAUAAAACAAUGGCAAAUUACUAUGACAUUGAUGGUAUUCUCGUGGAGGAAGAGUUUGUUCCAGUUGUGUUUCAAAAGGCUAUAAAUGGAGUGAAAAUCGAUGAAAGUACUGAAAAAGGAUAUGUUGAACAAGGUUCAAAGACAGAGCUACCUUUCUGGCUUGCUCAAGAAUUGCACAUGAGGCAAGCUGUAUCGAUACGUGUUCCUGCCUGUUUUAAUCAAAAAACAAGGCUGGAAAUUCAGGCAGAUGCUGCUUGUGUGGACCUGAGAUCCCGCUGUCCAUACUUUUAUGAAUUUGGAUGCAAGCUAGCUCCACUGUGUGAUAAAUCCAUUGGAUUGUUGCUUUCAUAUGCAUUUCGAAUCCGGUAUAAGGAAGUCCUGCACAAGGCACACACCACAGCAUUUGCAGCAGCUUCCAAAUUCCUGAUGCUCCUAACUAAAGAAGAAACUUAUAUGUAUGAAGCAGCUCAAUCAUCCAUGGCAGCCUUUAAGAAGUGGCGGAUGGGUGGCCCCAGAUUGCAGAGAGCUUCAAUUCUUGGGAGGAAGAGAAAACCAGCUGAAUAGGUGCCCAUUUCUACCCUGCUGACACUUUCAAUUCAAGCACUCAUGCUGCUGUUAUAUCUUGGUCCUUGCCUUGAGAUUGAUGCAUGAUGGGUGCAUUCUUGCAUGAAAAGUAACAAAGCACGUCCUGGUACUAUAAUAGUUCACUCUCCAGUUUCGUUUUCCUCCUGAUAAUUUUAGCUUGAUAUUUAGCCCUAAAGGAAGUUGGGGGCAGGGGUGAGGCUGUUUGGGGGUGAUGAUGCAACUGCAGUCGCAGUUAGACAGAAACUGACUGUUUACUUGUUGCCAUGAUAAUUGAGUUGAUGCGAUACAUUUCAUCUUUAAUUCCGUGAUUUAUAAAAAUGAUCCCUGCUCAACUGUA